GGCCCCGGGACCGGCCCCGGCCGAGGGCGACUCCGCGGGCAAGGUCCGGGACAUGAGCCUGGCCGCCCUGCAGCGACACGACCCCUACAUCAACCGCAUCGUGGACGUGGCCAGCCAGGUGGCCCUCUACACCUUCGGGCACCGGGCCAGCGAGUGGGAGAAGACGGAUGUGGAAGGGACGCUGUUCGUCUACACGAGGUCGGCGUCCCCCAAGCACGGAUUCACCAUCAUGAACAGGCUGAGCAUGGAAAACCGCACGGAGCCCAUCACUAAAGACCUGGACUUCCAGCUCCAGGACCCUUUCCUGCUCUACCGGAACGCCCGACUGUCCAUUUAUGGAAUUUGGUUUUACGACAAGGAAGAGUGCCAAAGAAUCGCCGAGCUCAUGAAAAACCUGACGCAGUACGAGCAGCUGAGAGCCCGGCAGGGGACCGGCGCCGCCGGCAUCUCGCCCAUGAGCCUCAGCGCCAGGGACGCCAAAGAGGUGGACAUCUUGCAGAUGCUCACCAAGGCCAAAGACGAGUACACCAAGUGUAAGCAGUGCUCGGAGCCCAAGCAGAUUGCCAACUCCUCCGCCAUCUACGACAACCCCAACCUGAUCAAGCCUAUCCCCGUCAAGCCCAGCGAAAACCAGCAGCAACAGCAGCUCACUACUAAGCAAGGCCAGGUCCCGGAUCCGGAGCCUCAGCACCUGUCCCUGACGGCCCUCUUCGGGAAGCAGGAGCGGGCGGCCUUCCGCGACAGCUCGGAGCCCGCCGAGGACGGCCACCCCCCGCCCCCGGAGCGGCUCCCCAGCAGGCAGGGGGUGGUGCGCUCGCUGUCCUACGAGGAGCCCGCCGGGCCCUCGCCCCCCACCGAGAAGCAGCUGUGCCCGGCCAUUCAGAAGCUCAUGGUGCGCAGCGCGGACCUGCUGCCCGUGCCCGAGCUGCCCGAGAGCCGGCCGGGCCCGGGGGUUGGCGGGGGCCGGGCCGGCGGACUCUUCCCGGGCCUGUUCCAGCCGGUGGCGCCCCAGGGCGCGGGGCUGCCCCCCGCCGCGGCCGCCCCCGGCCCGCCCAGUCUGCUGGACCAGCUCCAGGCUCCCCAGCUGGUGACGGGAAGCAAGCCGGAGCCCGCCCCGGCCCCCUUGUUCGGCCGGACCGCGCCCCCCGCCCCGCUCAAGGGCGUGGCCCCGGCGCCCCUGCUCUACUUUAACCUGGGGAAGGACCGGACCAAACUCCCCAGGGCAGCGCCCCCGCCUCCCCCCGUCGUCACCGCCACCCCCCUCUCGGGCAGCCCGGGCAACCCCGGUGGGGCGGCCUACCCGCAGGAGCUGCUGAAGAAGCUGCAGAUGGUCCAGCACGACCAGCAGCUGCCCGGGGCCGCCGCCGCCGCCGCCGCCCGGCCCGCCCUGGCCGCCAAGUUCCCGCUCGUGACGCAGAGCACCCGGCCGCUCGAGCCCCUCGACUCCUGGACGGAGAAGAGCUCCAGGCCGGACCGGCAGGCCCCGCUCCUCCAGGUGAUCUCCCCUCAGCGCAUCCCCGCCACCGUGGCCCCGUCCCUGCUGAUGUCACCCAUGGUGUUCAGCCAGCCGUCCCCCGCCCCUGCCAAGGGCACGGAGAGCGUCCGGCUCCCCCUGCCCACCCAGGAGCCCCAGGCCGCGACCACGGGUCUCCUGCUGCCGCUGACCCGCCCGGACCCUGCCACCCUGAGUAGGAGCUCCUUGACCAAACUGCAGCUCCAGGAGACCCUGCUCAACCUCCUCCAGAACGACGACAACUUCCUCACCAUCAUCUACGAAGCGUAUCUCUAUGGGGCGACCCGGCCAGCCAGGAAAAAGACUCUCUAAAGACCCGAAGUUUUGAACGGGAAACCUUCGAGCGACUUAGCGGUCCAGCACCAGCUCAGUGUUGAAACUUUUCCGCCUUUGUUUUUUGUGUUGUUGUUGUUUGUUUGGUUUUUUACUGAAAGGAUGUGUGAUUCAAUAAAACACCCCCACCUUUUUA